CUCAUCUCGUAACCCACAAUCAAUCAAUCGCUUUGUGCUUUACAAUUCGCUCGUUAUAGUCGCUGCUUGCUUUAAAGAUGCCUUCUCCCAUUCUCGCCGCUACUUUUCAGGCUGCUGCCCUCUCGACUGCGUCUAAUGUGCUGGCUCAGCUCAUUGAGGCGCGUCAGCAGAACCGCCCUGUAACUCUGGAUCUCCUUCCUCUCCUCCGCUUUGUCACACUCACAUUGAUCACUGCCCCUCCCAACUAUCAUUGGCAGCAGUUCCUGGAGCGCACAUUUCCGGCGUAUCCAUCUGGACGCCCACAGGAGCGUAUCGGUGAUGUUGAAAUGGCACCCGCUGAGGAUGCGCCCGAGCUCAAAGAGGGCUAUGAGGAGCGCAUGGCUGAGGUCAAUCGGGAUCGGGAGCCCAAGUUCAGCAUGAGGAACACACUAACAAAGUGGUUUGUUGACUGUAUCUCUGCUGGUGCCAUCAUGAACACGGUGGCUUUCCUCAUCAUUAUGGGUGUUCUCAAGGGUCAGGCUUCAUCUCAGAUCUGGAGCAACAUCAAGACGGAAACAAUCCCCAUCAUUGUUGCCGGCUACAAAAUCUGGCCGAUUGCUUCCAUCAUCAGCUUCAGUUUCAUCCCCGUCCACCGACGGAUCGUGUUUUUGAGUUUCAUUGGUCUGCUGUGGGGCAUCUACAUGAGUCUGGUAGCUUCUAGAGUGUAGAGGUCUAGCAAGAUAGGCGUCUGGAGUAGUGGCUAUUGCCGCUGGUCAUGGAUUUGAUAUUGCCGGGCAUGGCCUGGUUUGGAUGAACUUUGGGAUUGUGUUGCCCUGAGGAUAUAGAGCACAAGAAACUGCUCGGAACCUGCGGCCUGCGUGCUGGCUUCGUUUUUCCGCGUUGGAAAGAAUCUACUUUACGCCUGGGAUAUUGGUUUUAUUCUAUGAACUAUUCUCUACGCUAGAGAUGGUGUUGUCCUUUCCAUCUCCGUUGAGUCAUGCUCUUGAAAUUCAAAACAUGGCAUACCG